UAGCGUGACCUUUGCAUACCUAAAAGGACACUUCCACAAUAUCCACCUUCCUUUCUUUCUCUCUCUCUCUAUAUAUAUCUAUUUAUAUCUAUUGUCUUCAGUUUGCUCACUUGUAGUCGCAGUGGUGAGUGGAGUGAAUCUUCAGAAGGGUUACACGCUCUCAAAUUUCCUCAUAUACCCUACAAUCGAGUGUGAUUUGUGUGGUCAACUAUGGUAGCAUUUGGGAAAAAGUUGAAGGAAUUGCAGAUCCAAGAAUGGAAAGGAUCGUAUAUCGACUACAAGUUACUAAAAAAGAAAGUGAAACAUUAUGCUCGACAAGACGAGGUUGAUGGCCCGAAUCGCGAGUAUGUUCUACAUGAUUUCUCUCUAAUGCUUGACGAACAGAUAGAAAAGAUAGUUUUGUUUUUAUUAAAACACCAAGGUCAACUCGCGACCAGGCUAUCAGGUCUUGCUGACCGCGAUGAUGAGUACCUUUCACAUGGACCGAAUCAUGACUCGAUAGUGGAACUUAGAGAAGCAUAUAGAGAAGUAGGAAGAGAUCUUUUAAGGCUAUUAUUUUUCGUUGAAAUGAACGCUAUUGGUCUAAGAAAGAUUCUUAAAAAGUUUGAUAAGCGGCUCGGAUAUAAGUUCACAAGUUACUAUGUCAAAACUCGAGCAAACCAUCCUUAUUCUCAGCUCCGACAAGUGUUUAAGCACGUGGGUAUAUCCGCAGUCGUUGGAUCCAUAACUAGGAAUCUUGCUGAUCUGCAAGACGUGGAUAGACGUUAUGUAUCAAUUUAUGAUCACCCAAAUAUUCACAUCUCGGAUCCUAUAAUUGAAUCAAUAAAAGCAGCUGAGAAACGACUACUGAACUCAACUGAUUUCCUCCACUAUUUGGGAAAACAUGCGUUUAUAAUGCAAGACGAGCUGCCAUCGCCCUCAUCCGAAGAGCAUAUUGUGAACGAAAGAUAUCAUUUUAUGUCACUUCUUUUGAACUUGGUUAAUACGUUUUUGUAUAUGGUGAAUACGUACAUCAUUGUCCCGACAGCAGAUGACUACUCUUUGAGCCUUGGAGCUGCAGCCACGGUUUGUGGUGUUGUGAUCGGAUCAAUGGCCGUUGCACAGAUUUUUUCGUCGGUUUAUUUUAGUGCAUGGUCAAAUAAAUCGUACAUCCGACCUCUUAUAUUCAGCAGCAUUGUUCUUCUUAUGGGCAACACCUUGUACGCCCUGGCUUAUGAUCUUAACUCGAUAUAUGUUCUUCUGAUUGGACGUUUGUUCUGUGGACUGGGAUCAGCUCGGGCUGUCAACAGGCGGUAUAUUAGCGACUGUGUGCCGUCAAAACUAAGAAUGAAAGCGUCUGCUGGGUUCGUGAGCGCGAGUGCACUUGGAAUGGCUUGUGGUCCGGCUCUUGCUUGCCUAUUUCAGACACAAUUUAAAAUACUUUGGUUCACCUUCAACCAAGAUACUUUACCCGGGUGGUUCAUGGCAUUUGCAUGGUUCAUCUAUUUACUAUGGCUAUGGUUGUCUUUUAGAGAGCCACCACUUGAGAAAGAAGACAUUGUUGUGCAGCACGAGACAUCUGGUACCACCGUAGAAAUUGGUUUUUCCGAGCCUUUACUUUUGGAUUUUGGGAAAAAUGAAGAAGAUGAAGAUCAGCAACAAGAAGAUGAUGAUCCUAGCGAUGAGUUAUCUGAAGAUAACCGUGAGCCUGUGACAUCUAUUAUGUCUGCAUACCGACUGCUUACUCCAUCUGUCAAGGUUCAAUUGAUUAUAUACUUCAUGCUCAAAUACGCUAUGGAGAUCUUACUUGCUGAAUCGAGUGUCGUCACGUCAUACUACUUUGUGUGGUCAACAAACAACGUCGCCAUGUUUCUUGCUUUUCUUGGGCUGACUGUUCUUCCCGUCAGCAUUUUUGUCGGGAGCUACAUCAGCAAUGUGUUUGAAGAAAGGCAAGUUUUGUUGGCUUCAGAGAUAAUGGUAUGCUUGGGUAUCGUUUUAAGCUUUCAUACGAUCAUCCCCUAUUCGGCACCUCAGUACAUCUUCUCGGCUCUUCUAACAUUUGUGUCUGCUGAAGUUCUUGAAGGUGUGAACUUGUCCCUCUUAUCGCGGGUGAUGUCAUCUCGCUUAUCACGUGGGACCUACAAUGGCGGGCUACUGUCAACUGAAGCUGGGACGCUAGCUCGAGUGGUUGCAGAUGGAACGAUUACACUUGCAGGAUACUGGGGUAUGAGUGAGCUCUUGAACAUCACGUUACUUCCUUCACUCGUUAUUUGCAUUGCGACCAUUAUAGCCACUUCCUUCACUUACAACUCUCUUUAUUAGUACGCGGCUUAUGUUAUGUAAAUAGCAAACGAAAUGUGUAUAUAACUUCUAAGGAGUCGUGACGCGUUUAGUUUCAUCCUCACUUCUCGUGACAUGUCUGUUUUAAGGUAGGUAAUAAUUAUGACGCGGGUUGUAAUGGAUAGUGUUUAAAUUAUGUAAUGAAUGACUACUUAACAAGAGUUUCCCUGUUGUGACCUGUGUUGUAGCA